AUGCCCAGUAAAAAGAGCACACAUGGUAAAAAGAAGAACAAUAGUAGUAGCAAAUCACAAUCAAAAGGAGAUAAAACCGCUCCGCAAGGCUCAUCUUCUAAAAGAUCGGAUAGCCAAAUUACAUCACUCCAUGAUUUUUGGAGAAAACUUAACUCUACUACUCGUAAAAGGUUGUUUAAUGUUGACGCAUAUGUGUUGCUGAAAAAGAUAAAAGCACAAUAUCAACGAGUUUGUUCGUGUACAGUAUGUGGAAGAAACAAAACAAUUCUCGACAGAGAAUUAGAAAGAUUGUUUACGGAAUAUUGCAAAGAACUUGCAUAUCCAGAUCAUAACAACGAAUGCCAAUUUAACUUUUGCACCACUGUGGAUAGGUCGUCAAAACUUCGCAAUAAUAAUAACGGCAAUCGAACUCCAAAAACCACAAAAAGAACAGUCAUCAACAAGGAUGGAACCGAAAUGCUGACAACAACAACGUUUAAAAAGAGUGGGAAUGUUCGGGUGAUAGAAAAAACUGUAAAAUACUAUUCUACAACAAAAUUCAAUCCAAGCGAUAACAAUGGUUUUCCAUCAAAACCACCAUCAAGUCCGAUUAUCGAAGACAUCACAGAUGAUUCAAAAGAAAGGACGGUUCCUUCUAAACAACAACAACAAAAUAAUACCAAUACCACUGAUACAACAAGUACAACCCCAUCAACAGCCGUUUCAACAACAUCUACGCAAAAUGCUUAUCAAAAUGGUACAGUUAGUCAGCAGAACCUACCUCCUCCUCCUCCCCCUUAUGCCUCUGAAGAGUUACCUCAAGAAGAUUUAGCUCAAUACGAAUUUGGAAAGAAUCUUUCAAUCAAUAAGGAGUCCAUCAUCACACUUUCCGAAGAAUGGAUAAAACACCACGAAUCAAGUGAUAUUAUUCAGCUGCUUCAGAGAUUUGAACAUAAUAUAAAGCAAAGCAACUUGGAAAAUUUAAUAUUGAACAAGGAUAAGAAAAAUAAUAACAAUAAUGCGUCAGAGGAUGAUGAGUAUGAGGAUGACGACAAUGAAGAAGAUGAAGUUGACGAAGAAGAUCAAGAAUGCUCAGAAGAGGAAGAGGACGAUCAAGAGGAAGAAGAGGAAGAGAACGAAGAAGAGGAGGAAGAAGAAGAUGAAGAUUCCGAAUGCGAAAGUGAAAAUUCUGAAGAAAAUAUUUUGAAGUGGAGAGAAAGCAGGAGAGUUUUUCACUUGUUUGCUGCUAAGGCAUUCUACGAAAAUAUCCUAAAUGCAUUUAAAGAAAAACAAGCCCUAGAUAUGCAAGCAAAGUUAAUAGAAGAAGAGGAGAUUAAGGAAAAAGAAAAAAGUGAGAAGAAGAUGAAGAAGAAGAAAGAACAAGAAAAGAAGAAACAAGAACAAGAAAAACAGAAAAAGAUGGAAGAGGAACGAAAAAAGAUUGAAAAGGAGAUGAUAGAAAUUAUCAAGAAGGAAAAACAGAAAAAACGAGACACGCAGAAAGAUAUGGUGGAAGCUGAGAGUCCUCAUUCUGAUGAUCAAUCCGCAGAACCACAACAACCAGAAAUUACUCACAUUCUAUUUGAAAACGAUAUGAGUGAUGUCUCUAUUAAGGUAGCACCCGAACAGUUCCCCAGAUAUCAACCAAAAUCCAACACCAAUGACAAAAAGGGCGCAAAAACUGUGAAGAAAGUCUCAGAUUCAAAUUCAUCCAAAUCUACUUCAGUCAAUGUACCAUCUUCUCAGUCGUCCUCUCAGGUGACAGUACUGAUGGACACAGUAUCGUCGAGCGACACCGUGAGUUCUGGGAAUACCUCUGUCAAUAAUCAACAGCCACCUGUUGUGACUCCAUCAAAUAUUGUUUCUGUGAAUGAUCAAAUUGUCACCACUAGCACUGACUCAAAACUAAAUGGAACAAGGAAAUCACCUUCUCCACCAAAUCAUCCAAGUAACCAACCAAAUAAUGCUUUCAGUAAUGGCUGGCAACCCAUGUCUAAUGCUUUUCAAUUCACCAAGCCACUUCUCAAUCCUGCAGAAAUGUCCUUAAACAAUAGCUCAUUCCAUUUUGCAGGAGGAAACAACUUUCAAAAUCCACAACAACAACAACAUGUUGGCAGUUAUCCAUCCGCUCAAUCACAACAACCAUCAUUAUUUGGCCAUUUCAACAACAAUUCCAACCAGCCAGCUUCUCACUUUAAUUUAUUUGGUCAGACACCAUCUGGUAACCAAUUUCCAAAUGUUUUACCUUUUGCAUUUUCCAAUGGUUAUUCGUCACCUCCAUUCAGCAACAGUCAAAAUCGAAUGAAUAUGCCACCAUAUAUGAUGCAACCAAUGCCUCCUCAACAUCAGCAAUAUCAACAAUGGAUGAAUUAUGCUCACUUAACUCCUCACAUGCCACAAGGAGGUUUGAGUAGUGGAGGAAACAACUUUUUGGGAGGUGGUGGUCCAUUUCCUUCCAAUCCUGGAAACACUCCGUCAAUCUUUGCUCCUACUGAAGAUCAUUCUUUCAACAUGACACAGCACCAACAACCAACAACAAGUUCUUAUUCCUUCAACAUUCCACCACCUCAUCAUCACUCGACCAUGAUGGACAAUCGAAACGUCAGCAAUAACAAUACUUCUCAACUCUUUGGAUUUUUCAAUAAUCAUCAUCACAUUUUGAAAUAA